GAAUAUUAGCCGAGAAAUUGGCAUUUUGAAGAUUCUACGCCAUAACAACAUUGUACCCUUGUGGGGAAUAGCGACAGGAUUUGGACGGAUGCCAGAGUUGCGCUGCUUGGUAUCUCCGUGGAUGCCAAAUGGCACGUUGUCUGCCUACCUAACAUCUAACCACAACGAUCUAACAGUCUUGGACCGUUCGCGUAUGCUGGAGGAUGUCAGCGCUGGACUUCGUUACUUACACUCCGAGUCGGUCAUGCACGGAGAUAUAACAGGGGCAAAUAUACUUAUCGACAAGAGAGGCCAUGCAAGGCUGAUUGAUUUCGGUCUUUCCACUAUUAUCCAACCCCUUGUUGGCCAGUCGCACUUAGCUAUAUCAUCUGUGCGCCCGGGUGCAAUCCGCUAUGCAGCGCCAGAACUCGUUCUACCAGACAAUGCCCGUGAGGUGCCUGUGCCGUUGGAAAAAGCUGAUAUCUACUCUUUUGGUUGUAUAAUGCUUCAAGUUCUCUCGGGUCGGCGACCUUGGUCUGAGAUCACAGGGGAUCCGUUCAUCAUCGUUUCAAUGUCGCAGGGUCGUGGACCGCAACGCCCCGAUGGUCACCCUAUUAUAAUAGACUUGGAUUGGGAGUUCAUCCAAAAAUGUCUGCAAUUCGGACCUGAACUUCGACCUUCAGCGGAAGAAGUGCUUGACUUUGUCAUGCACAGGUUUUACUCCCCAGGCAAGCCUGCAUAG